GAAAUUUUGAUUCAAUUUUUGUUCAUUUGUAUUCUGUUGAUUAAAAAAAAAAGAAAAAUGACGUUGAUGUUAUCGAAAAAUAUUCAAGAUGAAUUACAACAAACUGCAAGAUUAUUAGCUACAAAUGGUAAAGGUAUUUUAGCAGCCGAUGAAUCAAUGUCAACGAUUGGAAAGAAAUUUGUACAGAUUGCCGUGGAAAAUACGAAAGAAAAUCGUCGUUUAUAUCGUCAAAUGUUAUUUGGUGAUGAUCGAAUUCGUGAAUUUAUCAGUGGUGUUAUUCUUCAUGAUGAAACUUUAUAUCAGAAAGAUGAUAAUGGAAAAGGUUUUGUGGAUUUAUUACGUGAAAAGAAUAUUGUGCCUGGAAUUAAAGUAGAUAGAGGUUUAGUCUUAUUAAUGGGUACUAAUAAUGAAACAAACACUCAAGGUUUAGAUGAUUUGAAACCAAGAUGUGAAGAAUAUUAUAAACUUGGUUGUCGUUUUGCUAAAUGGCGAGCAGUAUUAAAAAUUGAUGAACAUGGUGGUUCACCAUCACAAUUGGCUAUUGUUGAAAAUGCACGUGGAUUAGCACGUUAUGCAUCCAUUUGUCAGGAAUGUCGAAUCGUACCAAUUGUUGAACCAGAAGUUUUAUCCGAUGGUAAUCAUUCAUUGGAAAAAUGUCAACAGAUUAGCCAGAAAGUGUUUGCUGCAACUAUUGCUGCACUUCAUGAACAUAAUGUUCUAAUGGAAGGUAUUCUACUCAAACCAAAUAUGAUCACAGCCGGACAUGAUUUUAAUGGCAAGGCAGAAAAUAAUGCCGAAGAAAUCGGUAUGGCAACAGUUAUGACAUUGAUGCGUACAAUACCACCAGCCGUUCCUGGUAUAAUGUUUUUAUCCGGUGGACAAUCUGAAGAAGAAGCAACAGUUAAUUUAAGUAUGAUCAAUCAAAUUGGUUCAAAAAUCAAACCACAAACACCAUGGAAAUUAAGUUUUAGUUAUGGUCGUGCAUUACAGAAUUCAGCCAUUACCAUUUGGGCUGGAAAUGUUGAAAAUGUUGGUAAAGCUCGUGAAGAAUUAAUACGACGAAUGAAAGCAAAUUCAUUGGCUAGUCAAGGACGAUAUAUGCCUGGAUCAUCUACAACAACAUCAUCUACGGCUACAAAAAGUAAUUAUGUAGCUAAACAUGUUUAUUGAGCAAUAAAUUCUGUAAAAUUCUGAAAAAGAAUUUAUAAAAAUAAAAUAUUUGAAAUUC